GCUCUGAGCGGCGUUGUCUGGGUGUAUUGGAGAGACGCACAUUACAUUGGGUUUUGCAGUUUCUUUCCGGACAUGUCUUAUUCCGUAGUGAGCAGAGUCAAGUCGGUUACGAGGGCGGGUCAGGAGGAUCGGGGUAGGGAUGAAACAACAAAUAGAGAUGGGAUGGGAAAGGCUCCUCGGAGAGGCAGAGAUGCAAAGACAGGUACAGGUUUAGGUGCUGGCACAGGACUAGGUAGAAGUUCACUCACAGAUACGGGUAUUGGGAAAAGUUCAAGUAAAGCAAAAGUUUCAGGUGAAAUUUCAAGCACAAGCCGGCGUGGGAAUAAGGACAACUCUAUGGUACUACAAAAACGUAGAGCCACUAAUCAAAAUGCAUCUCCACCCAAAUCUGGUCAAAAAACAACUUACUGUCAUGGUGCAUAUUCUGUAACUGUACCAGAUCCGAAGAAGAGGAGUGACUUACAGAAAAAAGCAGCUGCAGAGUUGGCUGCCUUGGAAAAGCUGAAACAUCGAAAUAUCAGUCAAGUUUCUAUCAUUCCAAGCAGUGUUGGGUCACGAGAAGCCAUGGGAGCAGGAGGAAGAUGGUCGUAUGAGCAGCUGAUGUAUAUCACAGGUCCUGAUUACGUGAUCAUUGACGGCAGGCCGACUAUCUCUGAAGAGUAAUUGAUAAUGGUUGGGGUCAUCCGUCUUGUAAAGACACUGCCCAGAACAAGGCAAGAACAAUCAUGAUGCUGGGACCAUGAUUGCCUACGUCAUACGACAUGGCACAGGUUGAUGAUGGUGAUUGUUGGAAAGCUGUUCCACCACCUUUGAUGGCGUUGGUCCUUGUGUGACUUCAUUGUAGCAGUUAAACAUCACUUUUGUUGCUUGGGACA